AUGUUCGGUCGACAAGUGUUCGGUUUGAUGGUUAUGUCAAGUGUGGUUUUUUCGAUGAGUCAGAAAUUGUUGAUGGAUUUUGAAGGAAGCACACCACCGCCAGGAUACUGUGAACAUUCUGGAGAAUGGAAAGAUGUGAGUUUGGCAUUUUUUUUUGAUUGGCAAUCUUCCAAUAUUUUAGAUUUCCUAGAAACUUUUGUGGUGAGGAAAAAGCAAAAUUCUAGAAAUUCUGUAAAGAUCGAUAGAUUACUCUAGCCAUAAUAUUUUCUCCAAAAACUUUGAAUAUUCUCAUUUUUAUCGAAAGACAUUGAAAUUUUUAGAUUACUGUAGCACCUGCAGAAUUUUAUGGGUUUUUUGAAGUGGUUUGAAUAUUUUAUUGAAUACCGAAAUCUAAUCUGAUUCACAAUUUUCAUAAAAAAGGGUCAAUUUUUGAAAAUAUUUUUUUAAAUGUUCCAAAUCCAAAAAACCAAAAAUCUUUGAUUCCAAAAUUUCCCAAAAAAUGUAUCAAACUAACUAGCAAUUCUCUUCUUUGACAAUAUAAAAUCCCACAUAAAUCAUCCAUUCAAAAAAAAGAGCAAAUUGACACGGACACUUAAAGGGGGUACUGGCUAAUCAAAAUUUUAUGGAAAAAAUAUACCAUCUGAAAGAGGAGGUUCCGUUUAGUAUGUUCCCAAAUUUUCAUAAUUAUUUUUCACGUUUGAAUACUAUUUUUUCACGCGCAAACACGAAAAAGUUGCGCUCGACUUCAGAGAAAUAGCAUGCAGACACGAGAGACACAGCGUAUUUAAGCCCCGCCCCUUCUAUGCGCUGUGUCUCUCUUUCUUGUGCGCUAUUUCUCUGAGGUCGAGCGCAACUUUUUUGUGUUUGCGCGUGAAAAAAUGGUAUUCAAACGUGAAAAAUAAUUAUGAAAAUUCGGGAACAUACUAAACGAAACCUCCUCUUUCAGAUGGUAUAUUUUUUUCCAUAAAAUUUUGAUUAGCCCGUACCCCCUUUAAAGUACCCCUCUUCUUCGCUCUCUCCCUUCUUCAACCCGCCACCUUUUAAAGUGUAUACCCCAUGCCGCGCAAACUAAUCCCUUCAUGUAAUCCCUCGACCAAUUCAUCUUUGAAUACCGUCAUAUUAUAUUUUUUCAGGGAAAAUGUCAAUGCACAAAAGCUUAUACUGGAGAUCGUUGUGAAAUCGAAAAAUGUACAAAUGGUGGAAGAUUGUAUUCAGUGAAAGGAAAAGGAGCACAAACCAAAUGUCAUUGUCCAUUUGGAUUAUCUGGAGAUCGAUGUGAAAAUGUGACAUAUUGUGAGCCAGGAAAAGGAAAACUUGUAAAUGGAAAAUGCGAAUGCUCGGAUCGUUGGACUGGUCUUUUCUGCCAAAUUCGCUCGUGUUAUAAUGGAAUCUCACCAAGCGGUUUGGAAGGACAUUGUCUUUGUGAUCUUGGAUAUACCGGACCAUUUUGCGAUAUUCCAUUGAUUUGUGAAAACGGAGGAGAGGUUAAUGAUAAUAAUGAAUGCUCGUGUAGCACUGGUUAUACUGGAGAAAGAUGUGAAGAUUGUUCGGUUGGAUAUAUUCAAGAGGGACGAUAUUGUGUUCCAGAGGUGAGGGUCAGUGUCGUUUUUUGUUUUUUUUUUUGGAAUGUAGAAGAUUGUGAUGACUAAGCAUUAUCUAAGGUUAACCCUAAUUAAUUAUCUAUUAUUCCAGGUAUCUGAAUCAUCUCUUCUCGCUCAUACUGGUUCCCUCGGAAAUCGUCCUUUCGCGUGGCCAAUUGUAUUAAUGGGUUGUGCCGCUGCAAUUGCUCUCGUUGUUCUUGCAAUGACUGUUAUUUUUGCUGUCCGAAAAUGGAGUGCCAAACCAUCGCGUGUGAAUUCAGUUCAAGGAGAUCCAGAAAACGGAACCGAUGUUUAA